AUGCCUCAAAUGAGCUGCAUUGUCCUAGCUUUGAUUCUGAGCUCAUUUUCUCCACUUGGAUUGGCAAUGCUUAAUCUCACCUUUCCCACCCCACACCCCAACCCUGAAGAAGUUGCUCACGAAGUUCAAAGAAGAGUAAAUGCUUCCGUAUCAAGAAGGCAAAUGCUACAAGAACUGUCUCAAGAAGAUGAAUCCGCAUGCCUAACGGGUAACCCCAUAGAUGAUUGCUGGAAAUGUGACCCAGACUGGCCCAACAAUCGCCAGAGGCUAGCAGAUUGCGCUAUUGGGUUCGGGCAGUACGCAAUGGGCGGGAAGAAUGGUGAAUAUUACCUAGUGACUGACUCCUCAGAUGAUGAUGCUGUUAAUCCAAGGCCAGGAACUCUCAGAUAUGCUGUGAUACAGCCUCAGCCUCUUUGGAUUGUGUUUCCUAGUAAUAUGCUCAUUAAACUGUCCCAAGAACUCAUUUUUAAUAGCUAUAAAACCCUUGACGGACGUGGGGCUAACGUUCACAUUGUGGGUGGUGGCUGCAUUACUCUACAGUAUAUAAGCAAUGUUAUUAUUCACAAUAUACACAUUCACCAUUGUGUUCAGUCUGGAAAUGCUAAUGUUCGUUCAAGUCCAACCCACUUUGGGUACCGAACAAAAUCGGAUGGUGAUGGCAUUUCCAUCUUUGGCUCCAAAGACAUAUGGAUCGAUCACUGCUCACUUUCUCAUUGUAAGGACGGUCUGAUUGAUGCAGUGAUGGGGUCCUCAGGGAUCACAAUAUCGAACAAUUUUUUCUCCCAUCACAAUGAGGUGAUGCUGCUAGGUCACAGUGAUGAUUACUUGCCUGACUCAGGGAUGCAGGUGACCAUAGCCUUUAACCACUUCGGUGAGAAGUUGGUGCAAAGAAUGCCAAGAUGUAGAAGAGGGUACAUUCAUGUGGUUAACAAUGACUUUACACAAUGGGAAAUGUACGCGAUUGGUGGCAGUGGUAACCCUACCAUUAAUAGCCAAGGGAAUCGUUACACAGCUCCUUCCAAUCGCAACGCUAAAGAGGUGACAAAGCGGGUGGACACAGCAACAGAUGACUGGAAAGGUUGGAAUUGGAGAUCAGAGGGAGACACGUUGGUUAAUGGAGCCUUUUUUGUGGCAUCAGGGGAGGGACUCGAGGUCAGGUAUGAGAAGGCCUACAGCGUGGAGCCCAAGUCCGCCGUUCUCAUUGACCAACUCACCAUGCACUCUGGUGUCCUCGGUGUUGGUGGCAGGAACAACAACUUGGGAAUGUGGAGCACAGGGCCAAACGGCGGCAAAGAGGGAUUAGGAUCGGAAGGCGAUGACUAUUUGGAUGACUACAACGGUAGCAGUACUCCAUUGCCACCUCCCUCUGCUUAUGCUCUUCUUCCUAUUUUGAUUGCAUUGAUUUACUUGUUAUCUUUCCAGUACAUUAUAGCAGGACUGACAUCCAUGUCGUAG